AUGUUGACACCUAAAUUCGAAAUUGAUCAAAACUCGACUCAUGUCAUUAUUAAAAUCUAUGCACCAUAUGCAAAUAUAAAAGAUGCUGAAGCACAGUACUGUAAUUCAAGGUUUUACUUCACUUCAAAACCAUAUUUUUUGAAACUAUAUUUGAGUGGUGAAUUGGCAGAAGAAGGAUUAAUCAGUGGUACCUAUAACUGUGAUGAAGGUAAUUUAAAACUUGAGCUUGACUUAUGUGCACUUUCAGCGGUAAAGAAAACUGCAGGGUCAUUCACAUUUAAAGCGCCGAAAAAGAAUAAGGGAGAAUCCUUCCCAAAUUUAGAUUUAGUUAGCAAACUAAUGAAACCGUCGGAAAUACAUACACAGCAGCUAGUGACAGAGAUUAUUGACGACGAUGAUUAUGAUGACUUUACGUUGGACUUACGGAAGAGGUCGCAAGCUGACGAGACCAGUGACUUUGAUAAUGUUGUAGAGGAAAAGUGUAAAUUGUAUGGUUAUGGCUUUACAUGUAAUCGUAUAGGUGUUCUUGGAAAAUUCAGUGAGGAAAUCGUAAUGGUCGAUUUAGAAAAUCCGGAAGAUUCCUUGAUUUCUAGAAGAGUAGAUGAUUGCUUACAUUAUGAUCAACAAAGAGCGGAUUUAUUUGAGAGGAAUGAUUCGCUGAGUGCUUCCAUGCAAUUUGAAUAUUUGGAUGAUACAUUUAAUUUGUCCCUUGAAAGCCGUAUGUACCUGAAAAGUUUCCCUAAAAAAAAAUUCCAUCAUCCUCCAAGCGUGCACAAAAUAAUUUCCUUGUCUUUGAUAGACAUACUUUUCGCUUAUUUAUAUGAUAUGAGGACGACAGAAGGAGAGCAUUGUUCUGAAUCUGGUUGGACGAUUGCGAAAUUGAGUCCAACUCUUAGUUAUCUUGUGAGCUGGAGGACAGCAAAAGAAGCUCUCGUAGGUGCUAUAAGAAGAUCGUUGUGUUAUCCACUUUACCGCUCCUGGAAUUUAUCGUUGAAGGUAGCAGAUGAUUUGAAGUUUCUCCUCAGCAGAGGUAGGUUAUCGUUGUUGCGAUGUUUAAUAGAUGUGCAUAUGAUUUUCUCAAAAAGUGGAGAUUUUCGAUACUUGUUGAAUGACUUGUUUAUCACUGAUUAUUGUUUAUGGUUGCAGUUUGUUCCGGAUACUGUACUUGGGUGGUUAAGUUCCGAGGUUAUGCAGUUAAAGUUAACAAAAAAUGACAUGCAACUAGGUUUGGAAGAAGUUGAGAUAGAAGCAUAUUUACGCAUUCUUCAAGUAGACAAUGGAAGUGAUGAAGUCAUCGAUUCAGAUGACGACUCAUCAUAA